UUCAACUCUGCAGCGGAUCGAAACGUAGAUAGGUUGUAAUCUGGACCUAUAAGUUUCUCUCGUUUUGACACACAGGAGAGAGAUCUGGAGGGAGAAGAAACGAGGCGAAUUUGUACGCACGGGAUAGCGGCCAGCGGUCUGCUGUCUUUCAUCCGGGAUAUCCCCUCCGUCUCCGCCGAAGACCACUGGAAACUAAUUUUUCCUCUUCUAAACUUCCGAAAGAGGCUGAUCCUGGUCCGCAUUUUUUUCUCUUUCCGUGGCUUGGAGAACUAUAGGCUAUAAUUUGCCAAGGACUUUGACAACGACGCAGGAUGCCCCAAAAAGGGAGACAUUAAGUAGUGAAAACGGCAGAUGAUUGACUAAAUUGUUAUAAAGUGGACAGUCAACUCUGUUUCCAGAAUACCACAACCAAGCCACGUGGGAGUCUGGCGUAGCCUCAAUGAUGCAGAACAAGGUGUAUGACAUCUGUGAUGAAGGUCACAGUGGCGUAAACCAGCUUGGUGGUGUGUUUGUUAAUGGUAGACCACUGCCGGACUCCACCAGGCAGAAAAUAGUUGAACUUGCACACAGUGGUGCUCGACCCUGCGACAUCUCCAGGAUACUGCAGACCCAUGAUGAUGCAAAAGUCCAAGUGCUGGACAAUGAAAACGUGUCCAAUGGUUGUGUGAGCAAGAUUCUUGGCAGAUACUAUGAAACUGGCUCCAUAAGACCGAGAGCAAUAGGCGGCAGCAAGCCCAGGGUAGCCACUCCAGAGGUGGUCGGGAAAAUCGCGCAGUACAAGCGGGAGUGUCCGUCUAUCUUUGCGUGGGAGAUUCGUGACAGACUUCUGUCAGAGGGGGUCUGCACAAACGACAAUAUACCCAGUGUGUCAUCGAUAAACAGAGUCCUCCGCAACCUGGCUAGUGAAAAGCAACAGAUGGGCGCAGAUGGCAUGUAUGACAAGCUGAGAAUGCUCAACGGUCAGACAGGAACUUGGGGGACCCGGCCCGGCUGGUACCCCGGAACAUCAGUGCCAGGGCAACCCAACCAAGAUGGUUGCCAGCAACAAGAUGGUGCAGGAGAGAACACAAACUCCAUCAGCUCAAACGGGGAGGAUUCAGAUGAGACACAGAUGCGACUUCAGCUGAAGAGGAAACUACAGAGAAAUCGCACGUCCUUCACUCAGGAGCAAAUUGAAGCACUGGAAAAAGAAUUUGAAAGAACCCAUUAUCCUGAUGUUUUCGCGAGGGAGAGACUAGCAGCGAAAAUAGACCUGCCUGAAGCGAGAAUACAAGUAUGGUUCUCAAAUAGAAGAGCAAAGUGGAGGCGAGAGGAGAAGCUGCGGAACCAGCGCCGGCAGGCCAACAACUCCUCCAGUCACAUCCCCAUCAGCAGCAGCUUCAGCACCAGCGUCUACCAGGCCAUCCCACAGCCCACCACACCGGUCUCUUUCACUUCGGGGUCAAUGCUGGGUCGACCUGACACUGCACUCACAAACACCUACAGUGCGCUGCCCCCCAUGCCCAGCUUUACCAUGGCAAACAACCUACCUAUGCAACCCAGCCAGACCUCCUCUUAUUCCUGCAUGCUGCCUACCAGUCCGCCUGUGAAUGGGCGGAGCUACGAAACAUACACGCCCCCUCAUAUGCAGGCACAUAUGAACAGCCAAUCAAUGACCACUUCUGGUACCACCUCAACAGGACUCAUCUCUCCUGGAGUGUCUGUCCCUGUCCAAGUCCCAGGGAGCGAGCCUGACAUGUCUCAGUACUGGUCAAGACUACAGUAGAGAGAAGAGCUACUUCACCCUGUAACUACCCACUCCACCAUCGCCCUCCGGCAGUGUUCCUCACACAUACACAGCAGAGGAGAGGAGAGAAGGCGAGAGAGGGUAGAGAAGAGGAGGAAAGAGGAGAGCAGAAGAAAAGAAAAGAGACUCUGGGAGAGCUUUGGGACAUCUGGGCUGUGUUUUUCCAGUGGGACUGUGUGCUGUUCUGUAGCUCUAGGCACAUUCAUUCGAGGACUUGGACGAGAGAACAACAAUGGAAAGACAGACAGAAAAAUGGACCUCUGUAAAGUGCCCGGUGUUAAAUUUUUAUGGAACAAAUACUUAUCUGUUUUUUUUUUCUAUUUCCAACUUCAGUCAUUGUUUCCUUUUUUUCUCUGGUGUGUUUGUAAAUGGCCAUUUGUAUGUUAAUAUGAAAAACCAAGAUCAAGUACUGAUAGAUGGACUGCUAGAAAACCAUGUUGGUCUUGCGUUUGUUUGAGAGAGAGGAGAACCUGAGAGAUUCUGCCAUGACUAUCUUUUAAUCUGCUUAUAUCGAGACUUUCUACCAGACUUUGCAUGGUCUCUGGACGCUGUUGCAUAUCAUUAAAGAGGAAAAGCUGGAGGGAAGACUCUUACUGUGUCAAAAGAAAAAAAAAAACUAUUUAUUGGUCUUAUUCCAUACGAGUGGAUAUUAGCAGAGGAAGUUCAAACUCGAUCCACCCACUGAGGCCGUGGUCUCGACUCCUCCAGUGAUCACACGAGCUGACUGAGCCUGGGCUUGCAGGCCCAUUUGGCUUGAAUCACUAUCAAGAGCUACAGGUGUGCAAAGAUGGUGCGACAUGCAACUCUACUCGGACCUCUGCUUCGGUGGUUGGAUUGACGCUAGAUUACCAUGAGGAACAUUAAAUGUGGAAAACAGGUGUAAGAAAUACCUGUAGUCUGUACAUGGUAGACUGCGUCUUCGAUAUAACCCAGUUUGUUUAUGUCAAAAUGUAAAGUACUUGUCUUCCCUAGAAAUCUUCCAGAAAGAUUUCUCCAAUAAAAGUGAUUUCAUU